AAACAAACAUCCAGUCUCGAGUUGGUUGGUUAACCCGGCUUGACCUCCAGCUAAGAAAAGACGCCGCAUACCUAAUUUCUCCAUCCAUUCGCCCACAAAGAGCACUACGUCGAUCCCGUCCCCGCGGGCGAGGGCACGCUAGUUAAGGCGAUAAACGGAGUCUAAAUCUGGCUGGAUAUUUUGAGACAUUGCACAUAACUAACUACCUAGGUAUACGAGAUUCGAGAGGCAUGAAAACCUACGCCUCUAGUCCAAGUGAUGGAAAGCUUAUGAAAGUUUGGCAUAGGUCAUCGGUCCUAUUGGCUUGCUUACAUUAUCACCUUAACUUUUCGUCACUAGUGCCACGAGGGAGAGUGUUGUUGAGAAUUUGAGUAUGAAGGUGGGAAUCCGAAUCCAACUCACAGGCGCAUACAAGUAAUUACAAUGGAUUCAGAGACGCCCAGGCUGUCUUCGUUGGAUGCCUGUCAACUUUGUCAAGUAACCUCACUUCCAUGUGGCAGGGAGCACUCAGCUUAGAUGACUGUAUAUUCAGUCUGCCUAGCAUGACAUGCAUACACGAAAGUAGUUGGACUCAAUGAAAACGACAUACCUGUAAUCUAAACACGAGAUCAGGCAUACUAGGUAGGUUUCAGUCAGUUCAACAAUACAAUGCAAUGCAAUGCAUGUAUGCUAUGCCCUCAGCAUUGUACUUGCAAGGCCCUUUUCGGGCGUAUUGAUGAUGAUUUCACGAUAUCUUUAAACCCAACAAGCGACGCAACACAAACUAGCAAGGACAGAGAUAGGCAGGUCCUCAGUCCGAUGAGCCGGCUCGUCUGUGCUCAUCUCCAAGGCGAUCCGCAAGUGAUGGUUUCAGGACGAUUGCUACGGCCGUUUGGAUGAGCGCACUGAAGGCCAUUGUGCAGGGAAACAGGGCGUAAUGACUAAGCUCUAAGCAAUGGAUGUCAAGAUUGUUAGGGCAAACGGCAAUUCCGAAAUGGUCGUCAAAACAUGCGAUUUCUACGCCUCAUGCCCAACCCUUCCCAUUGAUAACUGAAUAACAAUGAAUCGUCCAUAACGGAGUGGAGUGACGAGCGACACUGGUGUGAGAGCGCAUGGGCCAGGCGUGGGCAUCUGCUGAGGAGAUAAAUAGACAAGGGCAUGUCGGGAGGAUAUUGGCUAUUUCGGGGCAUCUGACUGUUAACUUAUCAUGGGCAAUGACACCAAAGGGAGUCAGUUCUGUGCUCUUUCAAGUCUUCCAAGUCUUCCUAGGUAUUCGGACCAAGGUUGCAAGGGUAACAAUGCUCAAACUGGCAGCCAAUCUAACUUGAAUAACCUACCUAUGCAUAACCUGAUUCGUUCUCUCAGAAUGGCUGACUGGACUGACUCACUCACUGAUCUGUCGACUUGCGGCCCAGCCAACAACAUAACUACUACUUACUAUCUACCCUCAGGACGCAAGAAAACAUCAGGCCUCUAUAUGGGAUAUCAAAAUAAACUAGCAAAAGGUAUCCUAAACUCAUGCUAAAUUCAUACCAAGUUGCCUAAAUCCUUUUGUCAUUUGGGAUCAAGAUCCAGAGUUUUCUUUCCUCCGUAGAUACCUACCCAAUACCAACUGAGUUAAACUUGGCUCAAUCAACCUCACUAAAAGCAAGAAUCCUUCCUAUACGCACGCACUACCUCACCACCAUCGUACUAAGUCCGCAAGGUCCGGUCUAGGCAUCACUCUAGCAGGCUGCAGCAGGACGGACUGAAUCUGAUGAAUUGUUUCACAUACUCAUCAACCAUACUUAGAUGGGAAACCCGAGCCAGACCUCUCUCCCUCCUUGUGUAUUAUUUCAAACAUGAUUUCAUUUGCCUUUGAUACCCCAAGUUCACUUAUCGAGGUUUCUCAAACUCAAGUGACUCUGACAAGCAGCUCCCAAUUACCCAAAGUCAGACGCACAGGAGCUUUAUACCGUUGCUCUUAAAGCAGCUGCCUGCUCUCACUACCUACUAAUAAGACUGAUGUGAGACUUUGCAAGAAAAGGGUCACACUAUAUGACCAAUCAAAACAAUUGGUAUUUAAUUAUUCAUCGGCUGUUCCCUCUUUCGUACCUAAGCAAAUGCAACAUGAUCGUUGGCAUUGCCGUCACGCAGCCCAAGAGCCUUUCUACCCGUGGAAAAGGCUAGUUGUUACUAUCAUUUGCAGCCACUAACUUCCUUCACAUAAGUAUCACUUUGAUUAGAUGAGGUGUCCCUUGUAUUGUUAGCAGCCCUGAUCUUGUGGUGGACGUAUCUCGCCCUGUCUGUCACCCAAUUUGUGUUGAACAUGUACCUGAAUAGCCCUUCCCAAGCCAAAAAUAUUCACAAUUUUUGCUCUG